AUGUCGCUUCUCCCUCUCAUCGGAUGGGCGGUGCUACCCGGCUACGCCACAUCUUUCCUCCAAAGCGUCUACUAUGGCAUCACCAUUCGCGCCGGUGAUCCCAAGCCAAUGCCCCAAACCCCACGAUUCGAACUUCAUCGCCGUCGCAUCUUCAUUUUCGUCAUCGUCAGCUACCUCCUCUACACCCUCUACGAAACCUUUCACCAAGUACAAGUUGCAGGCAACUACUACACACUAUUGGACGUAACACCUUUCGACACCGACAAGAUGAUCCAGUCCAAGUUCCGCCGCCUCGCUGCGCGUUACCAUCCUGAUAAAAUCGGUCACCAGGAGGGGACCGAUAUUCUAUUUAUGCUAUUGCGCCAGGCCCAGGAAACCCUCCUUGACCCCGUCCAGCGCUUCGCCUAUGAUCGCUUCGGCCCCGAUGCGUUGAAAUGGGGAGGCCAGUUAAAGACUACGCAGGAGUUUUUCAUGAUCUCGCUUACCCGCCUGGUGUUGCCGCAAUUUGUGAUGUCGUUGGCGGCUAUGCUGGUGUUGAACUGGCUCUGGUGGGGAGGUUUCGGACGCUACUGGCGCUUCUUUUCCCUCGCCGCGAUGGUCGUCCUCGAACUAGCCCUAAUCACCCGUCCCCGCGCCGUCUUCAUGCCAGCAGCCUAUCUCCCCUCAGCACUCAGCGCCUGGCUACCGGCCCAAUCAUUCCACCUCCUCCCAUUCCAAGUCCUAACGAUCGCGCGUCGAUUCUCAAUAACAAUCCACAUUUUCAUCUCACAAAUGGCUCCGAAGGCCCAGGCCCAAGCGACUCGGAGCGACGGCGGCGUCUCUCCACAAACGAUGCAGCAGGUCGUGAAGCUGGUGCAGACGGCGCAGCAGACGGAUCUGGAAGCUACACGGUCGCUUCAGCUGGCGCAGGCGCCGUUCCGCGGCGAUCGCGAAACUGUUUCUGGUUUGCGACGCGGGAUGCAGGAGGCUCUUGUUCUUGCUGGGGUGCGGUCGAGUCCGGGGGUGCAGCAGGCUGUUGGGGAAGUUAUUCAGAGGCGACAGGGUAUGGUUGAUGCUGGGGCGAAUGAUGGGUCUGGCUCGACGUAG